AUGGCGAAGAAGCUCGAAAGGUGGACCGUAUUGCUGUCCAGGACCCGAAACGAGUGGAACUUAGUACGAUUAGGCUUAAAUCCCCCGCCUUCUAUCUGGUCUGGUGUCCCUACGGGCCUAGAGAAUAGAAAACACAACCACACAGAACUUUUCAUCGUCUCCUCGAGUCCGACUUUCUCCCUCCUUCUCCCUGAAGAAAUGAUGCCUGUCAUUAAAGCGUCGUAUGAGCGAGUACAUUCAAGCUCCUUUCAUCCCCCGACAGAGUAUGCACAGCUCUCCUCGUCCGAGUUGGGCAUCCUGGCGUUUGCGCGCCUCAUGGACGAGGCCAGUGGCAAUUCCGUCGCUGAAGCGCCACCUUUCUGGCCGAAGCCUACGGCGUAUGUAACCGUCUUCUCGCACACGAUGGCCGACCCCCCCACAAAUGGAUGCGAGGAGACGAUGCGGACCACCAACGCUUCCCGCGGCACCCGCUGGGCCACUCAGGACACCUUCGACUGGAUGACGCGUUCUUCCAGCCUGCCCCAAUCCGCCUUUGGCUCUGUCCUCAGCUCUGCCCCGACCUUCGCCCCCCUUGUUCGCUAUGGUCUCAAUCUACCUACGGAGGGCAGGGCGUACCCAGGCCCCCUCUUUGGAAACCCGGUGGCGUCCGCGGACCUCCAUUCUCUUUCAUUCGAAAGUCCCUCGACCAAUCAACAUGAGAUCGUAGAGCGCAAACAAGUCUCAGGAGUCCGGAGGACCUCCAAGAAUGCAGGAUCGCACCGAUCCGGUCCAUACGACAGAGGAUCUUCUCAUCGCAGGCACAACGUUAUGAAAUACCAACACCUUAAUUCACCUGACGAGCAUUACAAGCCUUUCAGCAAGGCCAAUCUCCCUGUAGUGGGGAAAGAAAUUCAUUCGGGACCGCCACCCGGAAAUCCAUUCGAGAGCCGGGAAAGACAACCAAGAGUUGCUCCUCCUCAGUCAACGCUGGAGGAGCUAACAAGAAAACGCAAUGGAUCGAACCAGCAGGUGGAGAGUAGCGUAUUACUCACCUCCGCCCCGGUUCACAUACAAAAGUUUAGCGAGAACCCUGGCGCGAAGCCGGUCCGAAAGGCGCAGAAGGCCUCCAACCAACUGGGAAUUGUUGCAACACCACAGACAAAUGGGGCUGCAAGUCGCGGUAACCGAGUUGCUCAGACAUUCGUGGAGUAA